AUGUUGAGCAGAUACCACGCAAUAGCAUGGGGGAUACCUUUUUUCCUUUUCCUCCUGCCCCUCUUCUCCAAGUCCUAUGGGUAUGAGUAUGGUGCAUGCUGGAUCCUGUCAACAGCGCCUGUGUUGAGAUUCGUGCAGUUCUACAUCCCUCUCUGGAUUGUGAUAGGAUACAACGUGUGGAACAUAAGUACUCUCAUCUUCCAUCUCCGCGGACUCGUGUUGUCAACGCAGGAUGAUUCGCAGGCGAACACAGACCUCCAAGUGUUUUGGCGGCUCGCCUUGUACCCUGUCAUCCUCAUCAUCUGCUGGUUCUUUGGCACUAUUAACAGGAUCUACAACUCCCUGCAUCCUGAUGAGCCCAUCUUCGCUCUCUACUUCCUGCACAAGUUCUUCGGCUCCAUGCAGGGCUUCUUCAACUUUCUGGUCUACGGUAUGAGCACAGCCGUGCGAGCGAAGCUCUAUGAGGUCUUGUCUUGGACCCUCAGUCUUGUCGGUAUCAAACUCCGGGGGGCGAAUUCCGAAGAGAUGGAGCUUACCAAGUAUUCCAUCAGCCGUGAGGAGGGAGAGAGCUAG